GCCGUGCCUUGUGUGCCCCGGCGAGCUAUCACUGCUCUGCCGUUGCCAUGGUGACAGUGCCCUCGCUGGGUACAGCGGGCUGGAGAAGUUGCUCUAGCUCUGCGUCAUAUUUAUUCCAGUGGAUCAGUGCGCUCUCUCCCGCCUCCUCCUUUUGCUCUCCUCUACGCUCUCUCUCUCUUUCUCUCUGUCCAUGCUUUUUAGGGCUAAUUGACCCAGCUCCAGAUCAUCAAUAUACAGAGCUUCGACUACCACAAACAGCUCAGACCCCGAAGAGGUAAAUUGUGCACCGCAAAACCAGGAACACCGCUGUAACUGCGAGGGAAGAAGAAGCCCAUGCUAGCAGUGCGUGGACUGAACAACACCAUUUCAUUAAGAGCAGUGCCAAACAUGUGAGAAGAUGUCUGUUGGAGGUUGUGCUUGCCCAGGCUGUUCGUCCAAGUCAUUCAAGCUGUACUCCCCAAAGGAGCCUCCCAACGGCAGUGCCUUCCCUCCAUUUCACCCAGGUGCAAUGCUGGAUAGAGAUGUGGGUCCGACACCGAUGUAUCCCCCCUCUUACAUGGAACCUGGAAUAGGGAGGCACACACCGUAUGGAAAUCAAACAGACUACAGAAUAUUUGAGCUCAACAAAAGACUACAGAAUUGGACAGAGCAGGAUUGUGACAAUUUGUGGUGGGAUGCGUUCACUACAGAGUUUUUCGAAGAUGAUGCAAUGCUGACUAUCACUUUCUGUCUGGAAGAUGGACCCAAAAGAUAUACUAUUGGUAGGACAUUGAUCCCUCGGUACUUCAGGAGUAUAUUUGAGGGAGGGGCCACUGAACUUUUCUAUGUGCUAAAACAUCCCAAGGAGUCGUUCCACAAUAACUUUGUGUCCCUGGACUGCGAUCAGUGCACCAUGGUUACACAGAAUGGCAAACCCAUGUUCACACAGGUGUGUGUGGAGGGAAGACUGUACCUGGAGUUUAUGUUCGAUGACAUGAUGCGUAUAAAGACAUGGCACUUCAGCAUCAGACAGCACAGAGAGGUUGUGCCAAGAAGCAUCCUGGCAAUGCAUGCACAAGACCCUCAAAUGCUUGACCAGCUAUCUAAAAACAUCACAAGAUGUGGUUUAUCUAACUCUACGCUGAACUACCUCCGACUUUGUGUAAUCCUGGAGCCCAUGCAGGAGCUGAUGUCCAGACACAAGACCUACAGUCUCAGCCCACGAGACUGCCUCAAAACCUGUCUGUUUCAGAAAUGGCAGAGGAUGGUAGCCCCACCAGCCGAGCCUGCGAGACAAGCCCCCAACAAGCGAAGGAAACGGAAAAUGUCCGGCGGCAGCACGAUGAGUACCGGAGGAGGCAACAACAACAACAGCAACAGUAAAAAGAAAAGUCCAGCCAGCAGUUUUGCGCUCUCCAGCCAGGUACCUGAUGUGAUGGUGGUGGGAGAGCCCACUCUGAUGGGAGGGGAGUUCGGGGACGAGGAUGAGCGGCUCAUCACGCGGCUGGAGAACACACAGUUUGAUGCGGCCAAUGGCAUCGACGACGAGGACAGUUUCAACAGUUCCCCCGCCCUUGGCACCAACAGCCCCUGGAACAGCAAAGCUCCCUCCAGCCAGGAGAGCAAAAAUGACAACCCCACCUCACAGUCAUCACAGUAGAAGCAUUAGGGGCUAGCGAAAGGCUCGAGGACACGACCCGGUCCUAGUCUUCUGCGUUGACGAUUCCUCAAUUGGUCCCUCGUGAAAUUGGCCCUCCUCAUCCUCCGCCGCCAUCAGACAUGCCGUUUUGUUGGUUCUUUUUUGUUUUUGUUUUUUUGAGAGUCGUUUUCCAACACCCUCCGUUUAUGUGUCUCGAUCAGGCUUAGCGAUCAGGCUGUGGGUUAUUGUUCCAACCUCGGGUCUCUCUGUGCGUGCCGUGCUUUGACGCGCAUGGCCGUUUCUGUUGUGCUCACUUGACAGGAAAGGAUCACUUUUUAUCUAACCGUUUAGUGAUAUGACCAUUGUGUGCACCUCAGAUUCAAACCCAACACUCCAUUUUUAAAAACUCAAUUAUUUGUUUUGUAGGACCUGGUUGGAACAAAAACCUGUACAGUUCCGGAGCUUGAGGACCGGAGUUGAGAACCACUACGUAAAGUCCUUUAAGUAAAACUAAAUAAAGUGUAAAGCAUCGAGGUUCUUGAGUUUGGUCAUACCCGAAAUGGUCACUGAGAGCUUGCCUGACCGUUAUGCCAGACUCAAAGAAGUGUUUGUUUUUUUGUUUUGUUUGUUUUUUUUAAUUGUUUGCAUUCUGUUUGGUUUCUUGUUCUUUUUUUAUUUUUUAUAACGAUUUCUAAAGAGAAAAAAUAAGUAAGCAAACAAAAACUCUAAAUAUCCUUUGCACUCUUGUCACUGUAUUUUGGAUCUAUUUUUCUUAAUAAAACGAUUAUGAUGAAUUUUGUUCUUAUUAAAACAAAAAAAAUGGAUAAUCUUUAACUGGAAAAAGCUGUCAAUCUCAAAUGUAAAAUAACAAAUUUUGUAUUGUUACUGUUAUCAAUAUUAUUGUAAGUAGAUGCUACAUUGCUCUAAGCUUUACACCUAUCUGUCUUUCUGUUUCUUCUGUUUCAAUCUUCAUUGAAAAUGACAUUACAUGAUCAUAGCAUGUCCGUCUGGGAACUGCAUGUGUCAGACAAUAGCUAUUGCAGCUGUAACAGUCAUUGUUUGCAGGAUCUAAAUCCUACACUGUUAGUCCAACGACUGGUAUGGCACAGUUUGUCCUGAGACCGUAGCUAUGGAAAUUUUGUUUCUUGGAGAUUUUUAGCCUAUUGAAAAGAACUGACCAAGCUCAAUGCCUUUGUAUAAACCCAGUCAUUCAAAGCAAUUGUGAAAAACUUAAUUUUAGCAUAACAGCCAUUGUUUAUUUUUUUUUCCUCCCUGAUGCUACAGACCAAGAAGCAAAAUCCUUUAAUUUACACAUUUGUAUUAUGAUUUAGUUUUUUCAUCAUUUUGUUUGUGUAUUUGUGAUUGUAUAUUUAAAAUUGUAGCCAAGUUCUGUAUAAGUGUGAUUCUAUUUACUCUUCUUUAGGACCCUUGUCUGUGCCCUUGACCCAUUCAUAUGACAAAAGUAAAGCGCUCAUUUCAAAUCGUUUCUAGAUGCAUUAAAGGUACAACUACCUUUCACCUAUAAAGGUAGAUUAUAGUUUUUAAGUCAAUGUACAAUGUAUUUAUUUUUUUAAAGUCUUUGCCAUUGCAUUAUAUAUCGAAACGAAACAUGUUGCUGUGUAUGUGAUGUUGCCUUUGUACAUUAUUUUACUUUUUAUGUUAUUUCAUUAACCUAAGAUGAUAUAUAAGUUCUUGAAUGAAUCCGUAAGAGUUCUUAUUAAACCUUGGAUAAUGAAAAAAAAUCCAGACCGUUAAUUCCUAGAAGCCCCCUUGUGGUUACAGUGUAUUGUUUUUUUUAAAACAGCAGAGGGCACUCCAUUGUAAGGCCUCCAGUGACCCAUACAAAUGGUCUGAGACUAAACUAUAGCUACAUGUAACCAAUCUAUGGCAUACAAAUCUUUAGUACAUUUUUCACGAAUGUUUCCGAAUUUUGCUUCAUUUCUCAAGUCUGUUAUAAAACAGGUGUGCACUUUCUGGAGUUUUCAGAGACCAUUUGUUUGUGGUUGUUUUACAAAUAUAUUUUUGCCUAGUGUCUCCCAUUGACAAUUGAUGUGUGGUACCAAUAAAACACAUUUUCACAGCUA